AUGUUGUAUGAAUUAGUCAAACUGGUUACUGCCUUAGUUGUAGGGUUUGCUAUCUAUUCCAUUUUGGAGGUUGUCUUUCCGCCAUUUAAUUUUCCCAGGAACAUCCCAACAAUACCAUUCUACGUAUCGUUUAUCAGCUCUUGGACCAAUUUAGAUCAAAAGGAUAUCUACAACAAGUAUUUGCGAGAGAAAUUGGAGAAAUACGGUGCGGUUAAGAUCUACUUUGCAUCAAGAUGGAACAUUUUGGUCACACGGCCCGAAUAUUUAGUUGAAGUUUUCAAAAACGAAGACAUUUAUGCUAAAAGUGGAAACCAUUUGAAGAUCCCGGGCUCUGUUUUGGCUACAUACACUGGAGACAAUGUUAUAUCAGCGCAUGGCACAUUAUGGAAAUUAUAUCGAGAGGUGGUGUCACUGAGUAUCCAGUUUCCUGAUCUAAGCACAAUACACCAAAACACGAGCAAAUUUUUGGACUUGCUAGAACAGGAAUUGGUUGGUACGUCAUCAAUUGUAGUCAAUGACCUACUUCAAAGGUACUCCUUGGUCAAUGUGGGAGAUUCCAUUUUGGGGGUUGAUUUUGAGGCCUUGGACAGUAAGGAAUCUACAAUGCACCAGAAAAUCAAGUACAUAAAACUGCAAAUUUUUAGACCAUUUUUCAUGAACUUUCCCUAUGUUGAAAAAUACCCCAUUCCUAGUCGAAUUAAAGCCAAGCGAGAGGUGGAAGGUUUUAGAAAUUGGUUUGGUCAAACUUUACUACUGAAAUACAACCCGGAAAGGGAAAACAGUGCAGCUACAAAGUUGGUCCAAGCAUUGCACAAUGAUAAAUUGACACAAAAGCAAUUCUUUGACAACGCAAUUAUAAUAAUGGUUGCUGGGCAUGAAAACCCCCUUUUGUUAAUGCUUUCCUUAUUAUAUGUCCUAGCAAAACACCAAGACAUACAGGAUUUAGUCCGUGCCGAGACAGAUCCUCAACAACCAUACUUGAGCUCCGUCAUUUAUGAAACUCUAAGACUAUUUCCACCUUUGGGUCAGAUAAUUAAUCGUUGUACAACAAAACUGACGUGGUUAGGUAAUAUCCACAUCCCAAAGGGGGUUUAUGUUGGGUACAAUAAUAUGGCUACAGGAAGGGACAGGUCGGUAUGGGGAGCUGGUGCAGACCGAUUUCAGCCUAGUAGGUGGGGCACAACUUUAGGAGAAGUAAACUCAAAUUAUUCCGCGUCUAAAAGAUCGAGUAAGUUGCCGGCAUUCCAUGGACGCAAGCGAGCGUGUUUAGGGGAAAAGUUUGCAUUGAAUGAGUCCAAAUGGUUUAUUACUGCGGUUCUUGAAAAAUACAAAGUGCGUCUAGAUGAAGAUUGGAAGGAGAAAAUAACUCCUGCAGGACCUAUUAGCCCCUUGGGAAUGAAAUUGAAAUUUGAGAAAGUUUAG